AAUUUAUGUAGUGCUAACUUGCUUCUAACUAUGGCUUAGGUCAUAGGCACUGCUGGGAUAUUCUGCUUUUCAGCUGCUUAAAAUUCGCCCUUCUGUUUUCAUGGAGGGUUUAUUGCUGAGCGGAAUGUUUUGGGAAGAGCACAAUUUUAUUGAGUAAUUUAUAACAGAUCAGUUCUGAAGGCAAAGCCACCAAGAUGUUGAUGUUAGCUGAAGCCGGCCGCUCUCUCAACAAAAACUUGAUCAGCCUUUUCCGACACGACUCUGAAACUCCACAAAUCUUAGAGAGGCUGGUUCACGAGAUUCAUACAGACAAAGAACUAUGCAGUUACAUGUUUUUAAAUCAUCCAGGAUCAGAAGACAUGUUAUUGGGCCUGCUCAAUUUAUUGGACAGCGAGGACUCGAGGGUAGCUGGGAAUGCUGCGUACGUGAUAGGAACGCUUGCCGAAAUGGACCUCGGGAAGAAGAGGAUCGUGCAAAUCUGCACAGAUAACAGCGACAGCGAGCAAACCAAGCGGAUUCUCCCCUCCCUCACGCGCAUGCUCGAGAUGGUUGACAUGGAAACUGUCAUGAACGCCGCCGGCACCAUGGGAACACUGGCCGAGAACGAAGAUUGCCGUAUAUGGAUGUUGAAGGAGGAUUGUCUGGACGAAGCCAUCGACAAGUUGACGAGACUACUCUCCUGCAAGGAUUCCUGCACAGCCAGCAAUGCGGCCCUUGUCCUGGCCAGAUUCACCAUAGCUGAGGAGGGCUGCGCACGCAUCUUAAAUCAACGCUGCUCGUCUCGCACUCUGGUACAACUGAUCAAAGCCCUCGGCACAGAUGACACGGGUCGAGGAAUGAACGCGGCAUUCGCGAUAGGUAGACUCUGCGACCUGGAGGCGGGAUGCGCAAGAAUUUUAGCCAUGCCCGAGUCACGAAGAUUGCUAACAAGCCUAAUCAAGAUGCUGAGCUCGGAUGAUAUCGGAUGUAGCAAGAAUGCGUGCUUUGCGCUUAGCUGCAUCGCGUCCUUCCCACAAGGCCACACGCGCCUCCUCGCACACCCCGACAUUGAUGAAAUCGUCCUCAUUCUGUCCGGUAUCUUGGCCUCUCCGGACGAGGAGAUUGUGUGGUUUUCGGCCAUGAUGCUCCACACGCUGGCUAGCCAAAAGAGCGGGUGUCUCUAUCUGCGGACUCAAGAAGUACUCAAGCCCGCGUUACAGGCUGUUCUCGACAGUAAAAAUAUCAGAAAAGACACUAAAGAGGAAGUGGAGGAGACGUUAGCUAUACUCGAGAAACUGCCGCAACCAAAACCCCCGAAACUCAACGUUGAGAGCGCCUACACGAUCCUUGUUGACUGGGAGGCGAUGAAUCCCAAGAGUGGACUGGACGUCUUCUUCGAGCUGUUUCAAGAUGGCGAAACGGUUUACGAGGGGCACAGAAACAGCUACAUCGCCAGCAGUUUGACGCCCGUCACGUCCUAUUCAUUCUGCGUCCGGGCAUUCACCGAGGGAGAUGAGGGACACACUAGUAAGAAUGUGAGCGCCACCACGCCCGAAUCAGUUCCAAGUGCCCCUCAAUUCCCGCGGGUAGCAGCUAAGACAACGAAUCAAAUCAAGAUCAUGUGGGAUCCUCCGGAAACGGCCAACGGCGUGCUAAAGGCUUACCAAGUCGUCACAAGAGUGUUCGAAUUCUCCCUAGGUCGUACCACGUAUCUGGACAUCUCGGAGAAUUAUCUCAUUCUGUCGGGGCUCCCUACCGAUACUGAGUAUACAUUUGAGAUCUACGCGCUGACAAGCAAGGGAAGAGGAGAGGCAGCACUGCUGACCACAAGGACCGACGACUUAGCGUCGCACGCACCUCCCAAGCCCACCCUGCAAGCACUGGGGCGUCACGAAAUCCUUGUCACGUGGGACCACCCGCCGAGGCCUUUAGGAAGGAUCAACAGCUUCGAGGUCAAGGUCGACAAACAGGUCAUCUACACUGGCAUCGACAAGAGCUGCAUCGCACGCUUCCUCAAGCCCAACACGGAGUACACGAUCACGGUCAGUGCUUGGACGAGUGAGGGGCGGUGCGAGAGCCUUCCCGCCAGAAAGCGAACAGCGCGGGAGAUUUACCGUAAGACAAAAGAUUGUAGCGCAAAGAUCAUUAAACAGACGACAACUAAACGAUCGGCGAAUAAACUAAAAAUACCGAUCAGAAAGCCGCUUUACCCAUUCGAAACUAUUCCAGAACUCAAGCCCAGCGAAAAAGAAAUCAAGCGAGCGCGCACAGCAGAAACAGCACCGCUCCCGAACGUUGAGUCGAAGACCGAGUCUAAAACACGCCUCAGAAAAUCAAAUUCCUCGGUAGAAAGCAAACCCCGCCCUAACACGUCUGCCGGGGUUCCUGAGGCGAACGAAAAGAACAACAGCCCUGCAAACAACCGAACAACACGAAAGUCGAUUGUUCGGCGGAAUUCUAGAUUCAAAGCCGAGCUAUCAGCAUCACUAGAUUCCAUCAAGGAUAAAGUCAAGGAGGAUGCAGACCCUAACACGACGCUAGGCGCAAAAAUUGAGAGGCGGCCCUCCAUCAGUCGAGAAGGAGUUAAGCCUCUCUCCUCAAAACCCGAGGCGCGCGAACAGAAACGACCCACUAAAGGGCCGCGUCGAAAUAGUCUUCCCGGCGUGCCCAUAGCACCUGUUAAGUCUGCACGCUCACCUCUGUUCCAGUCCCAAGCAAAUCGAAACUCGGCCAAUCGUCAGUCGCCCGCGAUAAAGACUAAAGCAGACCUCGACUGGACUAAACGGGACACGCCCACUCUGAUCGGUGAGAUGUCGGAUUCACUGACGACCCUCAGGAUCAAGAAACCAACGUCUGGCAAGGAGAGCGACGAGAAACCUGCCAAGAAAACCACAUUCGCUGAUUCUUUCAGCGAGCUUCGUCAGGUUCAUCGAACCAACCAAUCAACAAAUGCAACAAGACAACCGAACCAGUCAGGAGGCUUAACACUAACUACUCUAUCACCAAACUCCAGCUGGCAAACCAACCAAUCAGGCGGCCUGGCAUUAACCAGCCUAUCACCGAGCUUGAAUCGGCCAAGCAGCAACCAAUCACCUAGCAUGAGUCGCUAUGGUAACCACUCACCGACUAAGCGAGCGCGUGAAGCCGAAUCCAAGAGGAAUAUCUCAGCACAGUUUGAGAUCAGCCCUCCCCUUGUGACGUCAUCAUCUCACUCUUUGACCCAGUCCCCAACUCUGCUAGUGCCUCAUCGGCUUAAGAAAAAGGAAUCCAUCCCAUAAACUGAUUAUGAAUUAUCGGUAAUUCAUGUUAUUUAGAUGUCGACUGUCUACGUGAACAGAAAAUAUCCAGACUGUUUUUGUAAACCUUAACGUUCUCAGAACCAUGUUUUCUUGCCUCGAUUAUAAAAUUAUUGCUUCUGGAUAUUGUUGAAAAUUUUAGCUUAAUGGCGUUAGGAAUUGUAUUUUAUGUAGGCAUACAAGAGAAAAGCUCGGAUGCUAAUUUGAAAUGUCAUACUUUUGUAAAUAAUUCUUAUUUAAUGAUGUCAUUUUAGAAGAUUUUAUCGACAAGAUUCCUACGCGUGUGAGAUUGUAGAUUAAAUUGCUUAUUUAUUUUACGAAAGGGAAGAAAAUAUCGUUAUGAAAAUUGUAAUUAAAUUAUUGCUAUAUUUGAGUAGUACUCACGUAUAACUAGCGGUUUUUACUAUGUACAACACUCUAAACAAACCUCCUUACUAAACUGACCUCCCUACUAAACUAACCUCCCUACUAAACCAACCUCCCUACUAAACUAACCUCCCUACUAAACAAACCUCCCUACUAAACUAACCUCCCUACUAAACUAACCUCCCUACUAAACUAACCUCCCUACUAAACUAACCUCCCUACUAAACUAACCUCCCUACUAAACUAACCUCCCUACUAAACUAACCUCCCUACUAAACUAACCUCCCUACUAAACUAACCUCCCUACUAAACUAACCUCCCUACUAAACUAACCUCCCUACUAAACUAACCUCCCUACUAAACUAACCUCCCUACUAAACAAACCUCCCUACUAAACUAACCUCCCUACUAAACUAACCUCCCUGUGGUUUUGUUGCAACCACGAAAGGAACCGAGCCUAGUGGCAGUCGGUCACAGGUUCGUAAAGGAUUUUUUUUUUUUUUUUCUUUUUUAAAAGCCGUUAAACCUACCUUCCUAACCUACCUUCUCCAACAUGCCCCCUCCCCUCUAGAACCAUAAUUUAUUAUUAAGGUCCCUCUUACUAUUAAUCUUAUCUCUUUUUUCCUUGCUUCAUACAUACAAAGGACACCAAAUGUGAUUUUUUUUGUAGUAACAGACACAAUCCUAGAGAGGCAAAAAUGGAUAAAAAAUUUUGAAAAAAGCGCUCUGUUAAUUAUAACAUUUUCUAAUAGAAAAUACGGACACAAUGUUAUCACACAUAAAUGUACACCAGACAGGCCAACGAAAUAACCGAAUUAAACGCCUACGAUAUUACACAUGGUGUUUCUACAGUUUUCUAUGUUUUUUUCUAGUUUCUUCUAUCAGUUCAAUUUUUUCCUAUCAUACAAUCAAACAACUGCUUAAUAUUUACAAAUAUUGAGCAUUCUGAUAUUAUUGUGCUAUUUAAUCCCUUAUGGAUUUGUUUUUCCUUUUCUUUUUUUCCCCUUUUUGCCUUAAACAUUAAUUACCUAAUUGUCGUAGGUUUGUCACCAUUAUGAAAUCCCGCAGUGACAAACAAUUGCAAUUUUUAUGUGUUGCAACCUGCCUCCCGGUGGACGUUACGGGACUCGAUUGCCACCACGCCUUGCUUUUCACAAGAGGCGGCAUCGUUAGUCGGAACGGCUCAAUAAAGCCCGCCUCUAGACGUGUUUGCCAAGCAAAGCGAGGGUCAAGAGUUCAGAAACUUGCCAAAACUGCACACAGGGAGCGCGCGAAAAAGAACUCUGUAAAACUGCCGACUUUAUGCUUCGUCUACCCACUCGCAGCAGGUGGUCACCAUGAGAUAUUGUCCAGGUUCUUUGACCCGUUUUACUAGUGUGAGAUAUUCACCCGUUUAUCGGGGUAUAUCCUAAAACACGCCUCCGAGAAACCAUUGUUCACUUCGCCGACUGAAGACGGUCCAGCCAUGAAGUCUAAUCACAUGACAGUCUUCGCCAUCUGCCUUGUCGUUUUUAUGGCGCAGAUCUCGGCUUUGCCCAAGACAGCCAAAAAGGCCUUGGCGGCGGCGAGAUGCGAUCCAGACCCAGAAUUGGUGGCGAUCAGAGAAUGGGCUAGGAAGACGAACGACUUCAAGUGGAGACAGCUUCUUGAAUACGUGCCAGACUUAUUAUUCCCCGUCUUGAAAAAGAUUAUCAUCGGCAUAGCGCAAGAGAAGUCCCCCAAGGAGAUCAUCCACGCGAUCGUCUCGGGCAAGGAGUUCAAGAAGAAGUCUGGCAGCAACAGACGACAGAAGAAGAAGGAGGAGGAAGAGACUGCAUCACCUGAGGAUGAAUGAGAACAGGAAACUACUAAUAAAUAUUGAACAUAAUACUAAUAAAUAUUAAACAUAUUAUUAU